AUGAGCGAAUUCAGAUCGUUCGUCAAAACCCUGCAGCACCGUGUGUCUCCAGAAGACGUCAAAUGGGAGUAUUCGGUACCAGAUAUUCCCGUAUCUCAUCUGACCAAUAAGGCGGGGCUCAUCAAAUGUGUAUCGAUGAUCUCCUCAAUCUACCAGCAACAGAUCACCCUCCGUUUUGCAGCUGCACCCUCAAACCGAGUCAUCAGAAACGACGUUCUCGACAGGUUCAUUCUCCUCUCUUUCGCAGAUUUUAAGCUACAAUGGCCUGCUCUUAUUGCAAGUGAGGCUUCGACACCGGCCACAGGUCGGGAGAAUGGGGACUGGAUCACCAGAAUGCUUGUUUCAGGCCUCACCAUCAAUGGCGUUACCUACAACUUCUUCGGCCAUUCUAACAGCCAGCUCAAAUCAAGAUCUUGUUUUUUAUACGCAGCAUCGAAAGAGGAGAUAUCUAUCAAAGUCGAGGCAAUGGGAGAUUUCUCAAAACUGAAAUCUGUUGGCAAGAAAGCGAAGCGCAUUGGGCUCCUCUUCUCUAGCGCGGACAUAGCACUUGAUCUGCCACCCGAUCGUUGUCAAGACAUUGAUGAUGUCGCGACCAAGCAGUACAUCUUUACCGAUGGUUGCGGCCUCAUCUCUAUUCAGCUAGCACAGCACCUGGCGCAAAAGCGAAACAUUGUUUUUCGGAAUCGAAGGUACCUCCCUUCGGUUUAUCAGAUCCGAUAUCGGGGUUACAAAGGCGUCUUGACACUGGACCCGACGUUGCGUGGGCAGAUCCAGGUCCAGUUCCGAGCAUCAAUGCGGAAAUUCAAAGAUUCGCCAGACUACAGUCUCGCUGUGGUGGAUUAUUCCAAACCUUACGCCUUUGGUAGUCUUAACGAUGAGAUCGUUGUUCUCUUACAUACACUUGGGAUCUCUCAGGAAACGCUCCUUGCCAAGCAGACACGGCACCUCACCUUUCUCCAAGACGCUCAAAAAGGUAAUUUUCAGGCUGCCUUUGCAUUUCUAUGCUACAUCGACCGGACAGAUGUGGCAGAACAGCUGCUAUUGGAUGGUCUAGACUCAGUGCACGUCACACUCAAGAGUUUAGUAAAGCAAGAAUACGAUCGAAUGGUCAACAAGCGCAACGAACAGAGAUGUCGAAUUUCAAUUCCCAAGUCUCGUUUACUCUUUGGUGUUUGUGAUCCAACCGCAAAAGAUGGCUUCACGGGUCGACUUAAAGAAGGCGAGUGUUUCAUCCGCAUCACAAAGGAUGGCGACGGCAGGCCACACACUAUCAUCAACACCGAAGUCUUAGUUACGAGAAACCCGUGUCUGCAUCCAGGUGAUCUUCAGAAGUUCAGGGCUGUUGAUGUUCCCGAGUUUUCGCAUCUGGUGGAUUGCAUUGUGUUUACAACACAAGGGAAACGACCAAGCGCCGAUCUAAUGUCUGGAGGCGAUUUGGACGGAGACAAAUUUUUUGUCUCAUGGGAUAGCGAUAUAAUUCCUCGUACAAUAGCUGAGCCCGCCCAAUACCCUGGUGGCAAAGAGCUCAUCACACACACCAACUUUUAA